AUGGCCCCCUCCCGUGUCCCGGGGCUGGCCAGCGCCCUCCUGGUGUUGGUGCUCCUGCUGGGGACGUGCCUCCUGCCCGGGACGCCACUGCUGCCGGUGACCAGUGCACAGGCGGUCCCCACGCCGCCGGAGUUUGCGGCUCUCCUGCCGGUCCUCGCCGACACCUACACCUCCAGCCUCCUGCCGGACACCAACUUCCACUCGGCCACCAAUCUGCUCAUCCGGCCGAGCCCGGCCAAUGAUGGCUCCCUCCGUGCUUCGGCCUUCUUCCUGCUGGAUCUCUCACCGCUGCGCACCUUCCCCGAAGAGCAAAUCUGUGUGACGGAUGCCUGGCUUCUCGGCCGCGCCAUCACCCCUGGCAGUGCCGGCCGCUCCAGCUUCUCCAUGGAGCUCUUCAGCCCGCCCAGUCUGACUGUCCUGGAAACCCUCACCCACUCGCGCAUCUCCUCCCUUCUGGGGAAUGCCGUCCUCUCGAACUCUCGCGUGUCGAGUGCCUUCUCCCGGCCGCCGGUCUUGGCCGAUCCAGCCACCCCCGAGUGGCGUGAUGUCCGCCUGCGCCUGCCCGCCCGGCCCUUCACCGAGGCUCUGGCCAGCAUGUCCGGCGAGAACGCCCUCGGUAUCCGUCUCCAGGGCGUCACCACCGACAACCUCCCCUGGAACUACAUCGAGCUGACCUCUUCCGAUCUGGCCAGCAUGAUCGCCUCCAACGGCGGGGGCAGUGGCACCGGCUCCGGCGCCGGAACCAGCGCCCUCGGAUCUGCCCUGGAGUUCAACAUGCCGGCUCCUCCGCCGGCGGUGCCGAUCUCCGGGCUCCCCUCCUCGACGGACCCCGCGCUGACCGGCCCGGAUGUGGAUCUCCUGGCGGUGGCCGGCGCGCCGCGCCUGCGCGUGCGCUUCUUCCGCUGCCCGAUCAGUACCACCUGCCAAUUCCCCGGCGAUGCCACUGCCCCGGUGUGCAUGGCUCGCACCUGUCCGGCCACCACCGUCGGCAAGGCCACCUUCCCGGCCACAUCGGCCCUGGUUCCCACGGCGGCGGCCGGCAACCCCGGCGCCUGGACCGGGCACCCGGUGGCCGGUGUUUGCGAGCCCGGCUGGUCCGGGGCCCCGGUGCGCCGGUGUCUCCUGGACGGCACCUGGUCGCAGGACGCCACCGGGCCCGGCUGCGUGCAGAACACCUGCCCACUGGAGUUCAUCCAUGACAAUGCGGUCUUCCCGGCGCCGGGGCUCUUUGCGCCGGAGGCCAUGCAGGCCUCGGCCCUGCCGCUGUCCGGGGCCACGAUCCCCGGCAAGUGCCUGCCCGGCUUUACCGGGCUGCCGACGCUGCAGUGUGGCCUGGAUGGGGCCUGGCGGUCGGAUGUCCCAGCCGGCGGCAGCCGGUGUGUCCCCUUCGCGGUGUCCAAGACCACCACCAAAGCCAUUCGCACGUGCGACGUCAAGAUGUCCUGCAAUUGCACCACCUGCUUCCUCGGCAGUGAUCUGCUCAUGCGGUACUCCCUGCCCAGGGAGACCGACAAGAUUUGCCUGCUCGACUCGUCCUACCAGCUGGACUUGCCGCUGGCGCUGCUGCGGACAUUCGACGUCGACAUCUACCCCUCGGGCAAUUGGCCCAGCCCCGGGAAAAACCUCCCGACCGACUAUCCCCCGGAGUUGGUCUACUCCACGAGCAUCUUCUCCGGCCUCUUGCCCCCGCACAAGGUCUACCCCUCGGGGGCCAAGCUCCAGGCCAUCUCCAAGUACCAGAACCGGCCGGAAUUCACGGCCUCCCUCCACCUCCAGGGGCUGACCCUGUUGCAGACUACCAACACCUGCAAGAAGGAGUUCACCUUCAACUAUCACGAGUGCCCCUACCCGUCCAUGGUGAUGACCAGCUGCCACCCGUCCGAGUGUAGCUUGCCCUUCUGCCCGCCCUUCCAUGAUGGCACUCUGCAGUGGCCUGCCGCCACACCUGGGCAGGUCGUCUCCCAGGUGUGUCCCAUGAGCCAGGGCUACCGGCCGGCGGUCCUGUCCUACCGCUGCGAGCCGAACAUCACUUGGACCAACCUGACUCCGGUCACCUGUGACCAUGUCUUCUGUGCCUGGCAGCCGCAGCCCAACAACCCGGCCAUCUUCUCGCCGGCCCUCCUGCAUAGCGGGGCCACGGUGACCGGGACCUGCGCCACCGGGUAUUAUGGCUCCCCGGUCGUUACCUGCCCCCUGCCGGUGGAUCCGAUGACCAUCCAAACCCCGGCCGGGGGCCUGAGCCCGGUGGAUGUGUCCCUGCUUGGGGUCCGCCUGUCCGAGGAGAGCCUGGCCAAUGCGGCGGCCGCCUGCCAGCCGUGCCAUUCGUCCUGCCGCGCGUGCUUCGGCCCGCUGGCCAACCAGUGCACCGAGUGUGACUCGGGCCGCGCGCUGCAGGGGGGCACCUGUGUGGUUUUCUGUCCGCAGGGGCAGUUCUCCCAGGGACCGGCGAUCGAUUGCGCGCCCUGCCCAAAUGGCUGCUCCCUCUGCUCAUCCACCGGCCAGUGCCUUAUCCACAAUGGGCAGGUUUACGCGGACUACUGCCGCCGGCAGUCGCCAGCCUCCGCCCCCACCAGCGACGUGGAGGCCACCGGCUGGAACGAGAUGCAAGUGGGCGGCAUCGCCGUGGCCGCCUGCGCCCCGGGCUACCGGUACCCCAUCAACCGGAACACCGGGGCCCCGAUGCCACCGACGCGUGUCUGCCAAAGCAACUCCGUGUGGGGCCCCCCUCAGGGGAAGUGUGAGACAAUGGCCUGCCCUCGCAUUGAAGAGGACAAUGCCGUCUGGCCCGAGUCCAUGCCUUCGCCAACCCCGGUGCAGGGGAUCUGCGUCGAUGGGGCCUUCGGCUCACCGCAGCGCUUCUGCCUCGCCUCCGGACUGUGGAGCGAGGUCACCGGUACUACCUGUCGUAUGCGCCACUGCCGGCUCGGCGGAAGCUGGUCCGACCCGGUGGGGGCCUGCUCGACCGACCCAUGCCCCGAGCUGGCCAACGAUGCCGGGGCCGUCUGGCCGGCGGCCGAGCCCGGGGAUGAGGGUGUCACCGGGGCCUGCCUGCCGGGAUAUGCCACCGGUGCGUCGGCGUCCCCCUCGCGCGAUUGCCUGCCCACCGGGUGGGGCCCGGUGACCGGCACUUGCCAGCCGACCGGCGUCAGCUGCCCGGCCAUCCUGCCGGGCCAUGAGGACCCCUCGCAUGGGACGUGGCCGGCGGUGCCGGCCGGCACUGGAUCGGUCAUCGGGUCCUGUCCGGCUGGCUUCGCCGGGAGUCCGACACGCGACUGCCUCGCCUCCGGUGUGUGGGGCCCGGUGGGGUCCGGCCCCGGGGCCGUGUGCCAGCCGAUCGGCUGCGCCGCCCGCACCGAGGGCAUGGCCACCUGGCCGGCGGCCCCGGCCGACUCGGCGGUCACCAUCACCGGGACCUGCAUCGCCGGCUUCUAUGGGCAGCCGACGCGCCGGUGUGUUUCGCCGGAUCCCGUGCAUCUGGCUCCCUCGCAUCCGCUGUCCUUCCCCAUGUCGCACUCGACCACCGGCGUGCCGGGGGCUCCGGGCGGGGCCGAUCCCCUGCCAACCUUGGUGUCGGAGGUGCAGGCCGUCCCGAUGGCGGCCUUCUAUGGGCCGAUCGCCGGCGGGUGCCAGCCCAUCGAUUGUGACCCCAUCGCCGACAUCGAUGGUCCGCGGGCCUCCAUGACCCUCUUCCCGGCGGCCAGUGCCGGGCGCAAGGUCAACGGUCGCUGCCAGCCGGGCUACGGCCUGCCGGCCAACUCCCCGGUGUCCAGCCCGCAGCGGCUCUGCAACUUCCGUGCUCAAUGGGAAGAGCCGUUGCACAUGUGCUUCAGACUCAAUUGCACCGGCAUUGAGAAUGACCUUGGCACCAAGUGGCCCGCGUCUCAGAGCAGCAUCGAGUCCUUCGGGCAGUGCUCGCCCGGCUAUGCGCCGGCCAGUUCUCAGGCCAAGGACCGCCCCCGGCGCAUGUGCAAUAUCGACGGCCAGUGGGACCCGCCCGUGGCCCGGUGCAAGCGUCUCAUGUGCCCGCCUGAGGACAACUUCCUGGAUGCCUCGUGGCCGGAAACCGCCUCUCUGACCAGGGCUCUGGGCCGGUGCAACUCCAACAUGCGUGGAACUCCCAUCCGGUCGUGCGACAUCAACGGUAACUGGUCGAUCGUCAGCGGGUCGCCCUGCCUUCCCUUCUGCGAGUCCAUCAGCCUGCCGCACCCGCGGUCGAUGUUCUUCCCCUCCACCGACUCGGGAUCCCUCUCGCGUGGAUCCUGUGCCCCGGGUCUCACUGGUCAGCCGGAGCUCUUCUGCAACGAGAGCGGUCAAUGGGACUGGAGCAAGCUCAAGGGGUCUUGUGAGUUCCUGACUGGCGAGGGUGAGUUUAUCAAGAAUGUCAAACUCACCUCCAUGGGUGGCUCCUCGCUGGCUCUCUCGUGGAAUGUGCCCGAGUCGCACGAUCCCUCGUCCCCGACGCCGAACCUCUUCCUGGUGCAAAUCUCCUCGGUGGAGGAUCGAACCUUCACCGAUGCUCGGAUCACCUAUGAGCACAGCGCUGUCCUCACGGAUCUAUCACCACUCAGCCCGUAUCGGAUCCGGAUCCUGCCCGCGCCAUUGACCCUCUCGGCCAAGAUGCUCGCCGAGCCCGAGGAACAGCUGUACAUGCCGUCCAAUGCCGUGGAGCAGGCGGCUCAGUACUACGUCCGGACGGCGGCCGAGCCGCUGAACCGCUUCCAGCCCGGCAGUCAGGUGCUGGAUCUGCUCGCGCCGCGCCUGGGCAUGGCCAAGUCCGGGCGGCUGGGUCUUCCAGCGCGUGAGAUUGCUGGUCGUGCCGGCAAGGACAGCAAGGAUGUCAUGCUGGGCCCCAGCUGUGACGAUGCGCCGCUCAUCGAUGGCGACCUGACCGGCAUCUCGAUUCUUCUGCGCCUCGGGUCUUCGCCCACCCCGCAGGCCAGCUUCGUGCGGGUGGUCAUCCGUCAACAGUCGGCUCCUCAGCUGCCAUACUCCUUCCCGGCCAUCGCCCCGCCGGCGGACCAUGCGCCCGGCCCCGUCCAGACCGCUGCGACGCGCAUCACUGCCCCCCGGGCCGAGGCUCUGGAGUCGGUCUUGCCCGAUGGCCAGGCGGCCAUCCUGUCCACCGACCGAGUGACCGCUGAUGGGGAGCUCCUGCUGGACUUCGAUCCGGCUGCGGCCGACGGCUUCGCCGAGUACAUGAUCAUCACGGAGAGCACCGAGUCUCUGCGCGUGUGUAACCUGUCACCGGGCUCGGUGUACGAAAUCCGCGCCUUCUCCGGCAUCAGCAUGAGCCACUCGCCGUCGCCAGCGGACGAGUUCCUCCGGUCAACCGGCGACCCGGCCGGUCUUACGGUCAGCGGCCGGACCACCUCGGCCAAGCAAGACAACAUCCUCUGGGAGACCGUCGGCCGGGUGGCCUUCAUUGCCACGCAGUCGUGUCCCUCCGGGUGGUACACGGCCAUCGACAAGAAUGACCCGAAUCGCGGGUACUGCGGCUCCUGCAGCUACAUGUGCGCCGAGUGCGUCGGCCCGACGGUGGACGAUUGCACGGCCUGUGCCGCGGGCCUGGUCCUUGUCCGGCCUUCCUCCGGCUCCGGCGAGGGUAGCUCCUCGGGCCCCGGCAAUGGCGGUGACCCCGGCCGGGGGACUUGCAUCACCCCGGUGGCGCUGGCCACCUUCUUCCAGCAGCUGAACAUCUUCGCCGUGGCGGUGGCCGUGUUGCUGUGGCUGCUGGCCGUGGUCAUGGGGCUGGUGGCAUACUCCAAGAUGGCGCAUGUGCCCAUGUCCCUGGUGGCCGUGUGCCUGGCCCUGGCGGACUUUGCGCUGGGCAUCUUCUUUGUGCUCUUGGGCCAUGCGCGGUCCUGGCCCACCGGCAUCCGGCCAGACAAUUUGUCCAGCCCGAGCAGCGGCCCGGACGAUGGGCUCGGCAGCGACGACAUGCAGGGGAACUUCCUGUCGGAGGAAACCUCCCUGGUGUCGGCGCCGCACUCGCUGGCCAUGGGGCUGCUGCUGGGGCUGUCGCUCUUCGGCGGUGCCUUCUUCGGUCUGAUUCAAGUGCGCAAGGUGACCAACUUGGAUUCCAAGUGGGCGCGGCAGAACCACGCCGCCGCGGCGGCCGUGGCCCUGCUCACCGGCAUGAGUCCGUAUGCCAUUUUGGUGCUCGGCUGCCGGCUCUUCGGGCUGGAUCUGCUGUCGGCCAAGUUGACCCCGGCCAUUCGCCGGGGGACUGCCAUUGGGGCAUUGAUUGUCCUGGGAGCCGGGACCUGGCUGCGGGCCGGCGUUUGCGUGGACUACCUCUUCCGGGUGGCCCUGCGCUCGCGCGUCGUCCGCCAGGGGGAUGUGUCGCUGCUGUCCAAGACCCUGGACGAGCCGGCCGCCGUGCCGGUCCUGCUGCUGGUGUCGGCUGGCAUGCUGACGGCCGUGGUCCUGUGGCAGAGCCUGGUGUUGAUCUGGUCGCGGGGCAUCAUCGAGCAGGAUCUCCCACCGGGUGGCUCCGGCGGGGCCUAUACCCAGAUGGGGACUCUCCGUAAGGAGCACAGUCUGGAGGAGGAGGCGGCCGCCGCGGCCCUCACCACCUGUUCGGAGGUGAGCCAGUCGUAUGGCGCCCCGGGUGACUGCUUGGCAGCUCCCGCGACAGCGGCCAGCAGCCGGGCCCCGUCGCCGCAGCCAGCCUCUCCCGGGCCCUCUUCCCCUCCGCCAGUGGCCGCUGGCUGGCAGUUUGCCCCUCCCCGCGCAGUGUGUCCUUCGAUAUGUCGGCCGAGUCGGCGCCCGCGGAGUGUCUAACCCCCGGGUCGCCGCCACCGGCUCCGCCGCCUCGUGUCCGGCCUCAAGGCCCGGCCAUCACCAUCAAUGACGAGAUGGUCGACCCGGCCACUGGCAGGCCCACCGGCCAGCCGCAUGUCACCCUCUCCCGGUCGGCGUCCGAUCAGUCGGACAACAUCCCCCAAGCUCAAGCCGGACAUCUGCUGCACAGCCCGCGGGCCGGGUCUUCGCGCGCCUCCUCCAUCACUUCCCCCUUGCGCCAUGGAUCGUGGCUGGUACCGCCAUCCCUGCCGGGUGAUGGUACUGGCGCUGUGUCGACGGACGAAUUCGAUGCCUAGUCAGGCAUAUUCCUCACACACACACCCUCCUUCCCUGCCCUGCUGGCUGUCGUCUCGAACAAGACCAGGCGUGCGAGUCCCUUCUUCUGCCUUCUCCUCUACCCUGCCACUUCUUGGCGCCCCC